AUGCAAGUGAUCAUUGAAAAUCAACAAAAGAAGCUCAUAAAACAAGAUACUAAAUUAGAUGCAAUCUUAUCAGCUGUAAGUAACAUAACCUCAAAAGACAUUCUAAGGAAGCCCCAAGGAAAGAAGGAGCUGCGCCCCAAACCUGAUACGAGCGCCAUUUCUGAAACAGAAGACAAAGUUGAAACGGUGAACGAUUCGACUAACAAACCUAACCUAAACGACUCAUUUAUUACUCUGAUAGACAAUGAUGAACAAGAAGAUCUUAAAGCAUUAUAUCGCAGCUGCGGUUGUCAUGGAAAAGGAACAACUUUUAUAUUUACCGAUUUAGAUAUCAAGGAAGAAGUUUUUUUGGAAUACUUAAAUAAUAUAUUAUCAGGAGGAGUGAUAUCAAAUUUAUUUAAUAAAGAUGAACAAGCGGAAAUAAUUCAAGAGCUUAUUCCUAUCAUGAAGAGAGAAAAUUCCAAAAGAACUUUAAAUCACGAAAUUGUCAUGGAAUAUUUUAUGAACCGAACAUGUCAAAAUUUACAUGUGGUUUUUUGUUUUUCACCGGUAGUUUUGCUUGCACCAGAAAACUCCUGUGGAAACAUUACCGAUGAAGAUUCCGGAAGUGACGACAUGUUUGUAUUGAACAAUCUGCCAGGAAGUCAGCUAAGAGCACCUGCAGAAAUAACUAUAGCUUGUAAAAGGUCAGAUAAUGACACAGACUCUGAUGAAAAAAUGAACUCUUCCCUUGCUCGUCUAAUAAAAAAACCACUGGAAAAUAAAAACAGACCUUAUUGA